AAAAAUAACGAAUAAAGAAUAAGGGCUCUACAGCAUCGGGGGAAUCGUAAUCGUUCGAGUGUCAAACGAAUAACAAAUAUUUGAAUGGUUACCAUGGCGAUUCUGUAAACAAUCACAUUUAUCAACGUUAUGUGGUUGAGUGAAAUUAAAUUUGUUUGCUCGACCGACGUCCUUGCAACACAGGGUGGUAAACUAACUAACCUCGGUUACGCCUAGAGGUAAAGGUAGAUUGGAUCGAGUUGGGGUCAAGAUGUCACCAUCACCUUUCUUUUUCUCUUUGUAUCCAAAACGGUCGAGUACCGUCCAACGAUUAUUCGCACGAAUUUUUGGACAGGAUAAAAACCCUUACCACCUAACAAAUUCCAGAGCAAAAAACCGGCUAUCGUUACGCUUCACCCACACGUACGAAAUCUCCUGGCAGCCUCGUACAUUUCCGAUGAAUCGGAGGAGGGUUGAUACUAUAUUAUACGUUGCGAACCCCUCCGGUGGCGUGUAUCCCUCGGAAGGCAGCGAUGAGCAGCAACUGAGCGUCGUCCAAUCGGGUCGGACAGUUGUCGGUUUGCCGCAGAAACCAGCUUUGGCAAAUUCAUGAAUCACCGGUGUGCUGAGAUGAGGUGAAAAUGGCGUCUGCGUCGUACCGGAGUUUCCAAUGAACGAUGGGUGGUCCAUCAUCGUCCCGGUUUUCUCGAUCGCGAUAAAUGGAAAAUCGGUCAAUUGAAAUGUCUCCACGGAAGACAUUGUGGUAGCGGAGACGUUGCUCACCAAAUUUUUCACCCCCGGACAGCGAGCACCGUCGCCGACGGGAGAGUAGGGUGGAUAGAGAGGGAGAAUUGGGGGAGGUGGAAAUUAUCGGUGACCAAAGACAAGUCCGUUCCGUCGAGGAAUCGUCCACGAUGGCCAGCACGGAGUCCCUGAGUUCGGAAAUAAUGCUGAACUGCAGCAGCUGCACCACCGGAAAUUCGAUAUUCGAUAAUUUCAGCAUGUUCAACGUGAGCCACAACGACACCAUGGAGCCAAAUUGUGACGCCGAUUUGCCGAUAGUAUCACUGGUAACGCAAAUACUCUACGCGAUAGUGUGCAUCGUCGGUCUCCUCGGUAACACCCUGGUGAUAUACGUUGUGUUGAGGUUUUCAAAAAUGCAAACAGUCACGAAUAUGUACAUAGUUAAUCUGGCGAUCGCCGACGAGUGUUUUUUAAUCGGCAUUCCAUUCCUCGUUACCACGAUGAGCCUACAAUCCUGGACUUUUGGUAAAAUAAUGUGCAAGGCCUACAUGAUUUCCACAAGUAUAAAUCAGUUCACCAGCAGCAUAUUCCUGUUCAUAAUGAGCGCCGAUCGUUACAUUGCCGUUUGUCACCCCAUAUCAUCUCCGAAAGUAAGGACGCCAUUUAUAUCGAAAGUGGUAUCUUUCACAGCGUGGGCUACCAGCGCACUCUUCAUGAUACCUGUAUUCCUCUACGCUAAUACCAUGGAAUCCGCGGGUGUUAUAAGUUGCAAUAUAUUAUGGCCGGAUAACGACAACCAAGGGGGUCAGACGACGUUUACAUUGUACACAUUUAUCUUGGGUUUCGCGAUCCCCUUGAUUCUUAUAUUAAUUUUCUACUUCCUCGUUAUCCGCAAGCUUCGGACGGUCGGACCGAAGAAUAAAUCGAAGGAGAAGAAAAGGUCGCACAGGAAGGUCACCAAACUGGUGUUGACGGUGAUAACGGUGUACGUCCUCUGCUGGUUACCCUAUUGGUUGACUCAGGUCGCGUUGAUUUACACACCGCCGAAGCAGUGCCAGUCGCGCGUCAUAAUAACGACGUUUCUACUCGCCGGUUUUCUCAGCUAUUCGAACAGCGCGAUGAAUCCGAUAUUGUACGCUUUUCUGAGCGACAAUUUUAAGAAGAGUUUUUUAAAAGCUUGCACAUGCGCCGCCGGUAAGGACGUGAACGCUACGCUCCAUAUCGAGAACAGCGUUUUUCCACGUAAAAAUAAAGCGAACGCCGAGAGGCUCCAGCCGAACAAAGUGACUUCGGGUCACUCGAGGGGCGAUCUCGAAGACGAGGAGGGAGAGAGGGGACUCCUUAUCAGCAAGGCGGAACAUUCGACUACCGCGGUCACGAUGACCUCUCGGUCGAAUAUCACCGUUACAAGCGAAUCAAGGGAUCAGGGGAUGCAGGGAAAGGAUUCCUCCGGGGCCAAAGAACCCGGCAAGGAUACCGCGUUACAAAAAAACGGAGCGCAGCUAACGCUACUUACGCAAGUCUGAAAAGUUGAUUGACUCUUUGAUGAUAUCGCGAAAUAAAUUGAAAAGCUAAAGAAGAAGAAAAAGGAGAAGAAAAAAGGAAAGUAGGGAAAGAAAGAACAGCGAGACCAUUACAUGAUGUAACGAAGCGAGUUUCAUAUCAUUGUGCUUUUUUUCGAGUCGUAAUAAAUAGGAAGAGAAAUAGACAGGUGUGACGCGAAACGACGGUUAUACAGACCACGUUCGUGUUGGAAUAAAAUUAAUGGAAAUGUAUUCAAGAAUCACGAAUUAAGUUAAAUAGAUUUUCGUUCAAUAAUCGUAUAUAUAAAUUCCGAACCAAAUAAUAUAUUAUAUAGGCGACCACUCAACUUAUUAUAUCUAUUAUCGAUGUGUUAUCCGUUGUCCUUGUCUACCCGUGAUGGCUAUUAUAAAGAACAAGGUACAUGUACGGGGCAUUUCACGCCGACUUUUUCCUAACACUAGCCCCACCCGUAUGGGAUGACAAAGAAAUAUCUAAAAUUUUUCAAACAUCCGGCUCGUUUAAACGAUUUUUGGAAAAAAUUUCUUAUCGGCACGCAACGUUGCGUAUCGAACGAGCUAGUUGCCCAAUUUUUUGAAGUCGGUUUUCAGAAUUUUAAUAUAAAAAAAAUCGACUUUUCGCGAAGUAUGCCCACUUUGAAAGAAAAACCUCGAAAAGGUCGAAAGGGCGUGCGAGUCGGCGUGCAAUGCUCCGUAUGAAGCAACGUUUGACGUUACCCAAAUAUCCCCCACAACCCUCACUUACCCCUCAUACAUGAAUAACGUUAAUAUAAAUAUAUACCUAUUAAAUGAAAAUCUUUAAAGCCUAAAUUUUAAUACUUGAAAUGAGAUAUAAUGUACACAGCGUUGCCUGAUAAUAUCUGAUAUUCUGAUUCUCUGAGCAUCGCGAUCCGAAAUGACGAUUGUCGGAUCUGAUACUUAAAUUACUGCACAUAAUUAAAUAUACAUAAAAAAAAAAACAAAGAUGAAAGAAAAAUAACCCUCGAUGUGAAUGAGUAUAUCAUAAAAUAAAAAAAUAAAGAAACUGUUUAUAGGUGUAAAUAUCGUUUCCGUUAUUUCAUUUCUUUUAUAAAUAUGUGUAAAUGGUAUAUAUGAAGAAACUUGACUACUAUAAAUGGCGUAAUUAUCGAAUACGUAAAACGAACACGCGUUCUGUAUGAAUAAUAUAAUUGUACGAGAAAGAAAACCGAAAAAGGAAAAAACCAAAAAAAGUUUGAGAACAAGAACUGAUGAGAGAAAUUGAUGGGAAAAAGGCAACUCACGGAACCAGAAGUAUACAGGGAAUUUUUUUUCUCUCUCUUUCGAUUUUUUUUCUACUAUUUUAUUUGAUUUUUUAUUGGCUUUGGGAAAAAGUCCACCGCACAAUCUGCUAUGGCAGCGGCGCGCAUUUCAUCCGACGAUAUCGAUCGCAGAACGAAGGAAUCUAAUCGGGCAACAAACCAAACCAAUCCCGCUCUAUCAACGCUCUGAUACGUGAUGGUGGUGGUUUUCAAAUAUCAGAUUAUUCCAGUAACAACUAUUGGGACGGGGUGAGCCGCGCAGUGACAGUCGACGGCAAACGCCACUCCUGACUCACCCUCCCCAACCAAUGAUAGAUUGAGUGAUUCGAGACACGCUAUAUUCCCGCUACAAAUUGACUCUUAUAAAUUUCGACGGGGUUAGUUUGAUGAAAAUAAUUUUUUUAUCCCAUACGUUUCCCUAGUUCUCCUUUAAUUCCGUUGAAUUUCAAGUUUGAUUUCCGAAACGCGACGCUUUUUAAAAUUGACUCCCACAAUUAAUUAUGCGCAUCAAUUAUUGAUUGCGCACAGGUAUGCAGGUAUAUGUACGUAAUUAUAUUUACAAUUAUGCAGAUCAUAUUCGUGACCAGCACGAUCGAAUUCGCGCUUCACCACCUACGUAUCUGCAAAUAUUCGAUCCACACGAGACUUAAUUAUCGAUUUGAUAUAUCGAAACAAGUAUCAACAAAAAAAAAAAAACCACAAAAAACCAAAAAAAAAAAAAAUAUGAACAAACAAGCAAAAGUAUAUAUGUAGUAACUAUGAUGUAAUUAUAAAUAUAAAUAUAUUAUUAUAUAACGAAUUCUAUAUAUUGUAUAGUUAUACUAAUGUUUACAAUAGAUGUGAUGUCAGUAUUUGUAUACAUGUACACUUUAUAUAUUAUAAAUUAUGUAUGAAAAAUCUAGAUAGAUAGAUAGAUAGAUAGAUAGAUAGAAAAAAGCGGUUGUACCAGACCUUUUAUUAUUAUACUUGAAACUGACGGAAGAACAAAGAAAAAAAAAAAGAAAAAACAGAACGAAAAAGAAGUGAAAAAAAAAAAUGAAUAAUAAAAAGACGAAGAAUUCGACAUUAAUAUUACGUUAUAAAAUGAUAAGGUUAGAAAAAAAGAAAUGGAAAAACUAUCAUAUCGGUCUAGUUAGGAAGCAACUCACCUACCCGCGUUAACGAGCCACGUUUUUUCUACCCACUACCCUUCACGAUAUCAUCGUAAUCAUGAUUCUUAUAUUUUCUCAAUGAUGUACAUACGUUAUACAAUGUUAUUUAUAAGUCGGGCACGUCAAGUCGAGGCAACGUAGAGCCAAACGGGAUCUCACAUUUCAAUUUAAUUAAGGGCGGACCCGCCACCGACUCCUGCUCGCCCGGGCUAUCGUCGCUCCCGAUGCUGCUGAUCCCGAUGCCUCCACUCUUCGUGCACACGAUCACGAAUUAUUUUCAUUUUUAAGCAUUUUCACGGCGAAAUAUUUUACCGACGACUCGUAGGUGACGGGAAUGAUGUUCAUUCGAAAUUCAACGACGCGAUGUCAAUUUUGGAGGUAAUUUAGGAUCCUCCGGAAAUUCGACUAUCGACGGACAUUCGCAUGGGUGUGAAUAUUUUUUCUUCGACGUCUCAUCGCGAUUCGGGGACAGAGGACAUGAUUCGAGAUUCCGAAAGUGUUUAACAAGACGGUAGCGAAAAAGGUAGAAAGGAAGGACGUAUCUGAUAAGGAGAAAAAAAAAAAGGAAGAAAAAAGAACCGACAUAGUUUGCUUUAUCUUAACCUGGUAGGCAAGUGAUCGUUAGGCGAUCGUGGUUUAUCGCGUUUUCACCGUCGACGUACAGUAAUAAUCGAUUUUAUCCUUGUGCAGGUUUGCCGGCGCCUCUUGUACCGUAUUAUCUCCUUUAUUUUUGUUUCACCUUCCAGCUAAAGCUCUUCCUCACCUUAUUUCCUCUUCAUCGUUUUCCCUUUUUUCCGUACGAAGUGAAGUAGAAUUUCUCUACAGAUUUGAUGUAUCAAAAGAAAAAAUCUCAGGUCUAUAGAAAUACACCAUUUGGAGGUGUAACGAACCCGAGAAGGAACUCGUGGCAUCCGAAAAUUUCAGUUUUUCGUUGUUACGCAACUCCCACCUUUUGCUUUUUAUUACACCCGAGAUAUUAUUUCUCGUUCGUAAAACUUGAUUAUCGUCAAAAGAGAAAUAUAAAUGUACAAAACAUGUCGAAUUCACAUAGCCAUGUAACAACGAUAUUUGCAGCAAAGCUACGUGUGUGCGUAAAAUUUAUAAAUAAUUCUUCGUUCGCCCCAUCGACAAAAAUACGGUGUAACAAGUUAAAAAGGAACAUCGGGAGUUUCGCGUCGCCAGCAUGAUAUCGCGGUGAUCGGUUCUAAUUGAGAAUUAAUGGAACAGACGACAGGUCUUGGUGAGAAGUUGACGUCUACCGUUAAUGAAAGUUGGGUGUAUAAAAAUAAAAUAUAUAUAUAUACACCGUAUACCACACCUUCCUUGGUAUCGUGAUAACAAAAGGUUUUCAAAAUUAUAUCUGUACCUACAUAAUACCGAGUGCCUCGUCCGAAUCCAUUAAUUCCACGUACCUAUAACCGUACGGACCAAUCAAAAAUCGCAUUUAUAAUUGAACGCAUUACAUAAUCGUAAACGGAAGUAAAAUGUCAUCGGUUGCCUCGCGUCGAGAUUGAUCAAUUAAAUUUCCUACGUAGAGAGAGACGAUUCGACGGAAAUGUUCCGUGGAACUUGAAAGUUCACCUCCCUCGAAUAAUCUAUUCCCGACAUUUUAUCCGACCAAAGUAAAAAGGAAAAGAGACGAUAAAAUUUUCGACGCAGUAUCGCCGCCGUUUUCUUAUAUAAUCAUAUUUCGUACGCGUCACGUGCGGGCGGCAAAUCCACCCGUUCGUAACUUUUUCUGAUCACCCCGUUAGCUAAUUAUCGAAAAAGUACGACACCCACGCGCGGAGACGACACCCGAAAGGCAGGUGCAAGAAAUUCAGCGUAGCUUUUUCGAAGAUGCGUUUCACCAUAGGGUAGAUAACGAUUGAGAAUCGUAAUUAAUUGUCGGGAUGAAAAACAGGUGAAAAAAAAUUAAUUAACGAAGAAUAUUAAUUGUAAUCGCAUUGAUCAGACCACCUGCAGGUUGUGAGCAAAAAACGAUGAAUAGAAAAACUAGAAAAAUAGUGAGACGAUGGUGGGAAAUGGUGAGUCAUUAAAAUAUGGAAAAAGAUGUUAAUUAAAUGCUGUGACUAUAUGGCAGAGAUGUAAGUUAUAGAUGUGAUUAAAAUACCUAUUAUACUUAGGAAAAAUUUUUAGACUAAUUGAAGAAAAAAAAAAAAUGAGUAAAUAAAAAUAAGAUGAAGGGCACCGAUUAUAAAGAUAUUUAUCAUGAGAAUCUAUAUUCUGUAUAAUGUUACGACGCGGUGAAACCCGACUGCGAUCGAAAGUGACGUUCUUCAAGUAUUUUAUAUUAAUUAAUAUGCAUAAGUAUAUAUAUAUAAUAAUUAUGUGAAAUAUACCCGCCAAUUUGCUUCGACGUUUUUUCCAUUCGUUUCCGUUUCCGUUUCCGUUUCUCUCAUGUUAACAAUAACGAAACCGACGCAGCGAGAGAUGCAAAUCUUCUCGAAUGAAUUCCACACGCUCACACGUGAAAUACAUUAACAUACCACAUAAAUAUAGUAUAUAAUAUUUAUCAUUGUUUCUUACAAGUUACAGAGAUGUUAUAUUUGAAAUAAAAUGUAUACCUGAUUUAA